GGCCCAGCUGAAGGGCAUCAGAUCGGAGGGCAUGGUACUGUUUCAGAAGAACGGCAGCAGAGUUCCAGGCCAGGCAGGGCCGGCCCAUGAUGUCGGUGUUGGCCUUCCCUCGCCGGGCGGCGGUGACUGUGCACCGACGUCGGCGCGGGCUGCACCGCCGCGUCCGCCCGCCCGCCAGCAUGGCCACCACAGCCACCUGCACCCGCUUCACCGACGACUACCAGCUCUUCGAGGAGCUCGGCAAGGGUGCUUUCUCUGUGGUCCGCAGGUGUGUGAAGAAAACCUCCACGCAAGAGUAUGCAGCAAAAAUCAUCAAUACCAAGAAGUUAUCUGCCCGGGAUCACCAAAAACUAGAACGUGAGGCCCGGAUAUGCCGACUUUUGAAACAUCCAAACAUUGUGCGCCUCCAUGACAGUAUUUCUGAAGAAGGGUUUCACUACCUCGUGUUUGACCUUGUUACCGGCGGGGAGCUGUUUGAAGACAUCGUGGCCAGAGAGUACUACAGUGAAGCUGAUGCCAGCCACUGUAUACAUCAGAUCCUGGAGAGUGUUAACCACAUCCACCAGCAUGACAUCGUCCACCGGGACCUGAAGCCUGAAAACCUGCUGCUGGCGAGUAAAUGCAAGGGUGCCGCCGUCAAGCUGGCUGAUUUUGGCCUAGCCAUUGAAGUACAGGGAGAGCAGCAGGCUUGGUUUGGUUUUGCUGGCACCCCGGGUUACUUGUCCCCUGAGGUCUUGAGGAAAGAUCCCUAUGGAAAACCUGUGGAUAUCUGGGCCUGCGGGGUCAUCCUGUAUAUCCUCCUGGUGGGAUACCCUCCCUUCUGGGAUGAGGAUCAGCACAAGUUGUAUCAGCAGAUCAAGGCUGGGGCCUAUGAUUUCCCAUCACCAGAGUGGGACACGGUGACUCCUGAAGCCAAGAACUUAAUCAACCAGAUGCUGACCAUAAACCCUGCGAAGCGCAUCACAGCUGACCAGGCUCUCAAGCAUCCAUGGGUCUGCCAACGAUCCACGGUGGCGUCCAUGAUGCAUCGUCAAGAGACUGUGGAGUGCUUGCGCAAGUUCAAUGCACGGAGAAAACUGAAGGGUGCCAUCCUCACGACCAUGCUUGUCUCCAGAAACUUCUCAGUUGGCAGGCAGAGCUCCGCCCCCGCCUCGCCUGCCGCGAGCGCCGCCGGCCUGGCCGGGCAAGCUGCCAAAAGCCUACUGAACAAGAAGUCGGACGGUGGUGUCAAGAAAAGGAAGUCGAGUUCCAGCGUGCACCUAAUGCCACAGAGCAACAACAAAAACAGUCUCGUAAGCCCAGCCCAAGAGCCCGCGCCCUUGCAGACGGCCAUGGAGCCACAAACCACCGUGGUGCACAAUGCUACAGAUGGGAUCAAGGGCUCCACAGAGAGCUGCAACACCACCACAGAAGAUGAAGACCUCAAAGCUGCCCCGCUCCGCACUGGGAAUGGCAGCUCGGUGCCUGAAGGACGGAGCUCCCGGGACAGAACAGCCCCCUCUGCAGGCAUGCAGCCCCAGCCUUCUCUCUGCUCCUCAGCCAUGCGGAAACAGGAGAUCAUUAAGAUCACAGAACAACUGAUUGAGGCCAUCAACAAUGGGGACUUUGAAGCCUACACGAAGAUUUGCGAUCCAGGCCUCACUUCCUUUGAACCCGAGGCCCUUGGUAACCUCGUGGAGGGGAUGGAUUUCCAUAAGUUUUACUUUGAGAAUCUUCUAUCCAAGAACAGCAAGCCCAUCCACACCACCAUCCUGAACCCGCACGUCCACGUGAUUGGGGAGGACGCAGCUUGCAUCGCCUACAUCCGCCUCACCCAGUACAUCGAUGGGCAGGGUCGGCCUCGCACCAGCCAGUCGGAGGAGACCCGGGUCUGGCACCGCCGGGAUGGCAAGUGGCUCAAUGUCCACUAUCACUGCUCAGGAGCCCCUGCUGCACCGCUGCAGUGAGCUCAGCCACAGGGGCAUUAGGAGAUCCCAGCCGGAGGUCAAACCUUCGCAGCCAGUGGCUCUGGAGGGCCUGAGUGACAGCGGCAGUCCUGUUCGUUUGAGGUUUAAAACAAUUAAAUUACAAAGCGGCAGCAGCCAAUGCACGCCCCUGCAUGCAGCCCUCCCGCCCGCCCUUCGUGUCUGUCUCUGCUGUACCGAGGUGUUUUUUACAUUUAAGAAAAAAAAAGAAAAAAAGAUUGUUUAAAAAAAAAAUGGAAUCCAUACCAUGAUGCGUUUUAAAACCACCGAUAGCCCUUGGGCUGGCAAGAAGGCAGGAGUUUGUGUGACACCCGUCCUGGCAUGAGCAGCCGGCUCACCCACCAGCCCUGAAGAGGUGAGCUCGGCCUCUGGCCUCCGUGGACUCAGGGGACCAGGCAAGAACUCUGACAGAGCUUUAGGGGCUGUGAUGUGAUUGCAGCCCCUGAGGUGGCCUGCCUGCCCCAGGUCUAGGAAUGGACUUCUUCUGAACUUGCAUAGCGCCUAGAAUGAGGCUGAUGAGAACAUCGUGGCCAUCAGACCUACUUGUGAGAGAACACAGAGCUCCCAGCCUGCUGUGGAGGCAGCUGAGAAGCAGUGGCCUCGGGACUGAGGGCCUGGACGUUGCUGUACUGUUCCAUUUAGUGUAGAAAGGAAGAGAAUUGGUGCUGCAGAAGUGUGUCCGCCACAAAGCUGUUGAGAAACCUCGUGUUAGUCUGACAUGUACUCACUUACUCAUCCAUUUCUAUAGGAUGCACAAUGCACGUGGGCCCUGAUACUGAGGCCCAAUACCUGCAGCUGGGAAAGGGGAGGAGUUGCUGCUUUGCUUUGUGUUUGUUUUCUUAUAACUUAGCAAGGAGAGAGCCAGGCCCUGGUCAGGGCUCCCCUUGCUGCCUUUGGCAGUUCUGUUUCUGUGCUGAUUUGGACCAUCUUUGUCUUGACUUUUCAUUGUGGUGGUCCCCGUGCUGACCCUCAUCUGGGCCUGGGCCCUCUGCCAAGUGCCCCUGUGGGAUGGGAGGAGUGAGGCAGCGGGAUUGAGUUGAUGGUUGUUUCUAUGCAUUCAGGCUGCCCUCAGGACUGCCUCCCUUCUUACUCUUCCCUUGCUGCACGCCCAUCUCUUUACCUGUCUUUGAGAUUGACCUGACUGCUCUGGCAAGAAGAGAUGUUCUCUUUAAAGAGGCCUCUCUACUGACCAACUGAAGUAUAUGACUUACUGCUGGACAAUCUGCAUGGGCAUCACCCCCCCUCACCUGCAUGUACCCAAAAGAGGUGUCCAGAGCCAAGGCUCCUACAUUCAUUGUCCCUCUCUGUGCUCAAGGAGUUCCAUUCCAGGAAGGAAAGAUCUAUACCCUAAGCAGAUAGCAGAGAAGAUAAUGGAGGAGCAACUGGUCAUGGCCUUGGUUUCCCCCAGAACAACUAUGCAGACUUAUCUGCACAAAUAUCUGCACUAUUGGGGGAAAGGUGGGUAAAUCCCAGCUUCCUGAACUAUCUUCAGGAGGCACAGGAGCUGGGAGAAGAGGCAGAGCUACAGGUUUACCUUGGAGCCAGCUGAGAAGAGAGCAGACUCACAGGUGCUGGUGCUUGGGUUUAGCCAGGCUCCUCUGAGCACCUCAUGCAUGCCUCAGCCCCUGGGCCCCAGCCCUUUCUUGCCCUGCAGCCUGCAGUACCAGCACGCAGACGCCUUCACCACAGGGUUUGGUUUUGCUGGCUUGAAGACAAAUGGUCUUAGAGUUCAUUAAGACCCAUAGCUUCAUAUGGCUGCUCCAGCCCCACUUCUUAGCAUUCUUAUUCCUCUUCUGGGGCUAAUGUCAGCAUCUAUAGACAAUAGACUAUAAAAAAAAAAAAAAAAAAUCACCUUUUAAACAGGAAAUGGAAGGCAUUUGAUGCAGAAUUUUUGCAUGAUGACAUAGAAAUAAUUUAAAAAUAGUUAGUGUUUGUUCUGAAUGUUGGUAGACCCUUCAUAGCUUUGUUACAAUGAAACCUUGAACUGAAGAUAUUUAAUAAAAUAACCUUUAAACAGUC